UAGAAAUUGUUGAUGAUGUUGUCUGUAUGCGGUUUGUAUUGUAGAUGAGAGUUGAAAAGGAGCAGCCUUAAGCUUGUUGUGCAGUCCUCAGUCAGUGAGUGAUUCAGUUCCCAUUAGCAAUUAUCUCACAAAAUGCACAUCCUUCCAUCUCUCCUCAUCCUCUUCCUCUCACUCCAAUUAGUUUCCACAACCUACAUCUCUGAACACAAAACUUUACUCUCAUUCAAAUCUUCCUCCAUCACCGACGACCCAACCCACUCCCUCAUCUCAUGGAACUCAUCCACAACACACUGUUCCUGGCACGGCAUCACUUGUACUGGUCCCCACCGCCACGUCACUUCUAUCGACCUCUCUUCACUCACCCUCACUGCCACUCUCUCCGACCACCUCUCCAACCUCCCUUUUCUCUCCAAUCUCUCCCUCGCUGAUAACAAAUUCUCCGGCCCCAUUCCUCCUUCUUUUUCAUCUCUUUAUUCGCUCCGUUUCCUUAACCUUUCCAACAAUGUCUUCAACGGUACUUUCCCUUCUCAGCUCUCCCGUCUCUCCAAUCUUCAUGUUCUUGAUCUUUACAAUAAUAACAUGACCGGUACUCUUCCUCUUUCUGUUACUCGCAUGCAAAAUCUCCGGCAUUUGCAUCUCGGUGGAAAUUUUUUCACCGGAAAAAUUCCGCCGGAGUAUGGAACCUGGCCUCAUCUUGAGUAUCUUGCUGUCUCCGGCAAUGAGCUUUCUGGACCCAUUCCGCCGGAGAUAGGUAACCUAACUUCCCUCCGUGAGCUUUACAUUGGUUACUAUAAUACCUACGACGGUGGUAUUCCGCCGGAGAUUGGUAACCUGUCGGCGAUGGUGAGGUUCGACGCUGCUUACUGUGGAUUAACCGGCGAGAUUCCGCCGGAGCUUGGAAAGCUUCAGAACUUGGAUACACUGUUUCUUCAAGUGAAUGCGCUUUCUGGGUCUCUUACGCCGGAGCUCGGAAACCUAAAGAGCUUGAAAUCAAUGGAUUUGUCUAACAACGCGUUCGACGGUGAGGUUCCGGCGAGUUUUGCAGAGCUGAAGAAUCUUACUCUUUUGAAUCUUUUCAGAAAUAAGCUUCACGGAGCUAUACCUGAGUUUAUCGGAGAGAUGCCAGCGCUUGAAGUGUUGCAGAUUUGGGAAAACAACUUCACCGGAAGCAUUCCUCAGAGUUUAGGGAAAAAUGGAAAGCUUACACUUGUUGAUGUUUCUUCAAACAAAUUAACCGGUUCGCUACCACCUUAUAUGUGUUUCGGAAACAAACUUCAAACUUUGAUAACUUUAGGGAAUUUCCUAUUUGGUCCCAUUCCAGAUUCACUUGGAAAGUGUGAGUCUUUGAGUAGGAUUCGUAUGGGUGAAAAUUUUCUUAAUGGGUCAAUUCCAAAAGGGCUUUUUGGUCUUCCACAACUCACACAAGUUGAACUUCAAGAUAAUCUUCUAUCUGGUGAGUUUCCUCAACCUGUUUCAAUGUCACCAAAUCUUGGUCAAGUUACUCUUUCCAACAACAAGCUUUCUGGGCCUUUACCAUCUUCCAUUGGAAACUUCACCAGUGUGCAAAAGCUUCUCCUUGAUGGAAACCAGUUCACAGGUAAAAUCCCUUCUGAGAUUGGAAAGUUGCAACAGCUUUCAAAGAUUGAUUUUAGUCAUAACAAGUUUUCGGGUCCUAUUGCACCUGAGAUUAGUCAUUGCAAGCUUCUAACUUUCGUUGAUCUUAGCCGUAAUGAACUUUCUGGUGAGAUUCCAAAUGAAAUCACUGGUAUGAGGAUAUUGAAUUACCUUAACCUUUCAAGGAACCAUCUUGUUGGUACUAUUCCAGGUUCUAUUGCUUCAAUGCAAAGUUUAACUUCUGUUGAUUUUUCAUACAACAAUCUCACUGGUUUGGUUCCUGGUACUGGUCAAUUUAGUUACUUUAACUACACUUCCUUCCUUGGUAACCCUGAACUUUGUGGUCCUUAUUUGGGUCGUUGCAAAGAUGGGAUUGUUAAUGGUCCUCAUCAACCUCAUGUUAAAGGUCCACUCUCUUCAACUGUGAAGCUUUUGCUUGUAAUUGGUUUGCUUGCUUGCUCCACUUUAUUUGGUGUUGCUACAAUAUUCAAAGCUAGAUCUUUGAAAAAGGCUAGUAAAGCUCGUGCAUGGAAAUUAACUGCGUUUCAACGGUUGGAUUUCACCGUUGAUGAUGUUCUUGAUUGUUUGAAAGAGGAUAACAUUAUAGGAAAAGGUGGCGCUGGCAUUGUUUACAAAGGUGAUAUGCCUAAUGGAGAUCUUGUUGCUGUGAAAAGGUUACCAGCAAUGAGUAGAGGCUCUUCUCAUGAUCAUGGUUUUAAUGCUGAAAUUCAAACUUUAGGGAGAAUUAGACACAGACACAUUGUUAGAUUACUGGGUUUCUGUUCAAACCAUGAGACAAAUCUAUUGGUUUAUGAGUACAUGCCUAAUGGAAGUUUAGGUGAAGUUCUUCAUGGUAAGAAAGGAGGUCAUUUGCAUUGGGAUACAAGGUAUAAAAUUGCUGUGGAAGCUGCAAAGGGUCUUUGCUAUUUACACCAUGAUUGUUCACCACUUAUUGUUCAUCGCGAUGUGAAAUCAAACAAUAUCUUACUUGAUUCAAGUUUUGAAGCACAUGUUGCUGAUUUUGGACUUGCUAAGUUCUUGCAAGAUUCUGGAACGUCUGAGUGCAUGUCUGCUAUUGCUGGUUCUUAUGGAUACAUAGCUCCAGAAUAUGCCUACACAUUGAAAGUAGACGAGAAAAGUGAUGUGUACAGCUUCGGGGUGGUACUAUUAGAGCUCGUAGCAGGGAGAAAACCAGUUGGAGAAUUUGGCGAUGGUGUGGACAUAGUUCAAUGGGUGAGAAAAAUGACUGAUUCAAACAAAGAAGGUGUUCUAAAAGUUCUUGAUCCAAGACUUCCCUCAGUUCCACUUCAUGAGGUGAUGCAUGUGUUCUAUGUAGCAAUGUUAUGUGUUGAAGAACAAGCUGUUGAGAGACCAACUAUGCGUGAAGUUGUUCAAAUGCUUACUGAGCUUCCUAAACCACCUACCUCAAAACAUGUUGAAGAUUUAACAUUAACUAUCACUGAAUCACCCUCUUUGGCAUCAUCAAACAGUUUAGAGUCUCCAUCUAAAGAACCUAAAGAUCUUCUUAGCAUAUGAAGUGGGCUUUGUUUUGUUUAUUUAUUUAAUUCCUUUCGGUUAUGUAGCUUGUGCCUUUGUAUUGUUUUUCUUUUAUUAUGGGGGUGGGGUUUUAAGUAUUAAGUAGUAUUAAUGUUUGGAUAUUUAUUUUCUUAAUGGGUUUGUAAUUUGUACAGUUGGAUUAUUGGUGGGUGUAUUUGGCUAUAUUUGUCUUUGCCUUCUUGCAAAUCACUAGUUUAUGGCACCCGGACCUAUUGUUAAUG